UCUUGUUCGAUCAUGGCGUAAGUUGAGUGGGUAAACAGAGUGUUGACAAGCGUUUCACAUUGGGACAACGACCUGAGUUCAUUGGCUUGUCUAGUAAGAACACAAAGAGAAGUCCAACAUUCAGCCGAGAAAGCCACAGAAACAGAAUGCUCCUAGCUUGCUUUGUCUCAGAACAGAAAUGUCAAUAAAUGACUGAAUGCCGCCCGUACCAGCGGCGAUCAGCCUUCACAUACAUGGCCCAGAGGUCUCCAGACCAGAGGGCCUCCUAUGAAACAGAAGAGGAACUUCAGUCCACGUAUUACGACCUGGCCGACGUCUGUGACAAUGGAAGUCAAAAUAAUCCCACACUCGGACAUUGCGUGAAGAAAAAGUCAACUCUAGAGAGAUUGUGUAACACGAGUUCAAACCCGUACCCUCUUGUCAUCGUGCCUGGCUAUGAAGGUGAAGGUCAUACCCACAAUUACUUCGAGGUCUGUCAGAAUGAGAAACUUCACGAAGAUCGGAAGUGUGGUCAAAAUACAAGAAACGCAAUGGUCCCGAAGGAUGGCAGCUGCGAGGCGUUCCACAGCCCGAAAGGGAUUGGUCAGCUUGAGAAGGACGAUGAAUCUCUCUACAGCAUUCAAUCGAGAAGGCCCAAAAGAUCUACGAGUACAGAUUCCGAGAUCAACUUAAACAGAGCCAGGCUCUUCCGAACCAAACGCAACGACCAUCACUGUCAGCGCACCAGGAGAAGAUCAUUCUCCGCAGAGAAAAGUGUCCACAAUAAGAGGCCGCCUAAAGAGGAAAGAGCUGCAAAAGCCUUCAAGGAAGAGAAGCAUGGUGUUAAGACUUUCAAAGUGUCAGGUUACAGCGACUCCAGAACUGUAAGGGCCAGGUUCUAUACUCCGCCUUUAAUAAAAGAAAAAGGAGCUGAGGCCCAACACAGACACAGAAAUAAGACAGGGAAAACCACUGGCACUGUUGGUCAAGAAUCCCCGCGACACCUGAAGGGAUGGAAUGUAAAACAAUGCCAAGAAACUGGCCAGGAGAAACAAGUUCAUUAUCAAUUAGAACCUGGCGGGCACCACGUCACAAACGAAGGUUUAGGAAAAAAUAGAGCCCAUUUGUCCAGCAGUCCAAAGUCCAAGAAAAAGGUUGUCCUACGCACCGGAAAGGAAGCUUACAGCAAGUAUCCGUCGAUCUCUGUUAAGUCUUCUAAUUUAUCCAGCAACACCAACGACUCGGCCAACAACACAGCAAUCAGCUCAACUUUGGUUGUAGGUAAUAUGACCAGCAUGGAUGAUGCCAGCCUACAGAAAUUCUGCAACGGAGAAACUGUCCACCUGAAGCGUGGCUUGGCCAACUCGUGCGCCUUAGAAACGUUUCAGGAGGCCAUCGUUGAGAUGCCUGAGAUGAAUAUUACAGCCGCUAGGGGUAAAUCUAGAUACCAGGAGAUGGACGACAGCACCAGCAAUGCUGUAGGUGGAGAAAAUGCAGAAUUAUUAAAUUACAGAGGUCAGUUCUAUGAGCAGAAUGCGCUACGAUGGCAUAGUCCAGUGACGGAUAACUACAUUCCUUGUAACGUGUUGUCGGAUAAGGCACGAAUGUCUAGACGAUCUCGACGCGUCAGAUAUGCAGAACUGAAAUGUUUUCCUGAUCACAACAUUACAACUAGCAGUCAAAGAUACAGAGUGCCCAAAAGAGAAAAGCAGUUAGGAGCACAUCCCUUGUAUGGAAGUUCCUUUGCAGCAAGAAAAGCGCCGCCAACCAAACUAGUAACCGGUAAAGCUCCCAAAGAUAACAGGCGCCUAGUCAAGAGUCCGAGCCAAAUCGAAGAAAUGGAAAAUAGAAAAUCUCUGGCACUGCAACGUCGACUGAAGGUGCUGCGUAGGAGCCAUGAAGCCAGCACAAGUGAAGCAGCCAAGAAAUUAGAUCGCAGAGAAUUCCUAGAGAAAAAAAGGAAGGAGAAAGAUGACAUAGUGGAAACGUUACAAAAAGAUAACGCUAGUGAGGCUGGUGGUAACCAAAAUGUAGUGUCUCAAACGGUUUCGGAAAGUGUUUCACUUGUAGAUAUAAAAGAUGGUCCCAGCGACCUCCCUCGUACAAGCAUUCAAAGGGAUGUAAUUGUUACGCAUGAAAGUACAGUGAAUGGGCCAAAAGAUUCAGAGAAUCGUCUGUUUCUGAAAUCGAACAGUGUCCUUCUACAGUCGUCUAGCAAAGUAGUCGAUACAAAGCAGAGAUCUUCUCAAGAUUCACAUUUAACCCAUCCAACGUACCUUCAGCCCAAGAUCAAUCUUUCUACGAUCCAAGAAGCAGACUCUGCCAAGAGUGGUGGCCAAUCUCACGUAGUCUCAGAGUUAAGAAUGCAACCAUCAGGAAUUUUAAAAAACUCAACGAGUCAUUUGGAUAGAUUGUUGUCUGUAACUGGAUCCGGUAGGAUGUCGGUGGCAAUGGGUGCAGGGAAAAGACUUAGCACCGACAAUCCGACAGAAGUGGAUAAGUUAGAAAGUAUGCACAGAACUCUCGCACGUAGAAGCUCUCGGGAAGACGAAUUUAGAAAGCCGGAAUCUCACCAGGAAGUUCAAAAAGUUUCGAGUCAAUUUGCUCAUCGUAAAUCAGAACAUGGUUCCAGAGACGCGUUGGGAGAUACUAAUGCAGAGAGAAGAUUCAGCGUUAGUAAUACUGCUACAAUAGAGAGCAGGCGAGCCAGUAUCAACAAAAGGAGCACCUUAAUAGAAGAAAGCGGAAAUCAGGAAUCUCAACCAAAUUUUAAAACUUCGACGAGUCAUUUUGUGCCAAUGAGAUCCGGAACAGCCUCUAGAAGAGAAUCAGAGGUGUUUGCAGCAGACAAAAAAAUCAGUGUUAAUAAUGCAGAAGCGAUAGAAAGUAUACGAAAAAGCUUGACAGAAUCGGAAAGAGAUAGCAGACAUACUAUCGUAUCCACACAAAGACCAUCUAUAGUCACUUCUGUGAAUGUUGCACACAAAUCUUCACCAAGCAGCCCUAAAACUAAAACAGCAACGCCUUUAUCCCAGGACAAAUCCAAACUGAAUUAUUCUGACUUCAAAGAGUCUCGAACAGAAAUAAGAGCAGUUCCAAGUAAUGCAGACAACAUGAGAAGUAACAGAAAUACAAUAGAAAUCUCCACAAAAGCUAGCACAAACGUGCCCGAAAUGCCAUCAAAUCGUUUUAAAUCAAGUGAGCAACAGUUUGUAAAUGCUCUUGAUAGGUUACCAAACAAUAGAAGUUCACAAAUCGCAAUGCCAAUGUCGCCAUCUUCUCAUGCUAAAACACAGAUACCCACGCAGCACGACAACGAAGGCUUAGAGAAUUCAGAAUAUCGCUUUAGAGGUCAAUCCUCUAAAAUUGUUUUGCAAAGAGAGGAAUCCCAGAAGAUGUUAGCAAAUACUUCCAACGUAAGUUCAGCAGACAUUAGGCUGGACAAGAAGGACAGCUGCAACGUUGACUAUAAAUCAUUGGUCAAGCUGGACACACAAGAAUGUUUCGUAGAGAACCGUCAUUAUCAACAGUCGGAACAAGAGCAAGCAAUAAGCAGUAGACCUGUAAAUAAGUCUCGUGAUAACAUACAAUGCAGCUCUUCAUUAGCUCCUCUUGAUGGUAAAUGGUUUAUAACAAGAGAAGUUGAAAAUCCUGCCAAUUCGUUACUUGAAUUACAAAAUUACAAGGAAUCUCACGAUAGACUUUCAACUGACAAUCGCAGAGCAAAUACGCCGAACAGCCAGAAUUAUUAUUUGAAUAUUAAAGAAUCGAAAACUAGAACAAGCAAAGAAAUUGGAUCAGCUGUUUCUAUUACAGCCGUUGGAAUCAUUAAAAGUCCAAUAAGGUCACCACAGAGCAGAACUGCAAUUCAAACUCCACUAUCGGCCAAGUCGUCUCAGGCAAGAACUUUGAGCAAGCAUGAUGGUUUACAUGAAAACGUGCACUAUGAAUCCGUCAGUGAGUCCGGAGUAGGCAAUAUCCAAGUAUCCAGGAAGACAUUAAAAGAGAAUGCGAGUCUCUCAAAAACCAAAAUGAUGAAAAAGGAACCAGCGUCUCCAACAUCUUUGAGUAUGAAGAGUGAUGUGGACCAAACGGAUUCCCCUCAGUGGAUCAGCCCAGUACGAUCUGGUUCAAAAAGAAAAUAUUCUGGCAUCUUCUUCCAUGAAUCUCCUGAUAAUUCAAGACGAAGUUCUCCUCCUUUCCGGUACCACAAGAACCCAAAAUGCUUGCAGCGUACUGGGAAGUCGUCCGAUGCCCAAGUAAGAGAGUUCAAUGCCCAGUUUGUUUCCUCUUCGGCCGACAAGACAACAAAAGAUGCGAUAUCUGACAGUUAUAGCGGAGGCAAAGAGAAACAUUCUCUUUAUAAGAGUUCAGAGAAGACUUCUACAGAAGUUACCCCUUGUGGUAUCCGUUCAGCAAGGACAAGUCAUGAUACUGUUAGCAAAACGCCCAUGCUAAACACCAAAAGUCUCUUUGAUCAGCCUUUAUCUAGAAAGAAUUCGGACGUUUCCCCCACCAACCAACCUCGAAGAGAUUGCAUGGAAAAGUGCGUACAAUGUAUUGAACAAGGUGCCGCCAGAAGAACAUUUUCUGUAGAUGAAAUUGAAGACAAAAAAGCCUUAGAUAGAAAAACUUCUACAAAUUUAUCGUUUACCAAAACAAUGAACAGCCUGAAAGCUAAUUCUUCUACACAAGUUGGUGGGUUGCGCCUCCCUAGGCGACUUACGUCUGACAUGAAGAGAGUGAGUAUACAACCCUCUCCAUUAUUUCAGCCUCUCUUCCAAUCAAUUUUUAGUGGAUGCCUCUCUGACACAAAUAGAAAGGUGAACUCAAAAAGUGCCACCCUUGCAGGUCAUGGAAUGAGCAGUGAUCCAGAAGAUAAUCUUGAUCCAUUUAGCCGAUGGAAAAACAGUAAAAGAUCGAAAGAUUUAGAGGUGAUCAAAAAGCCAGGAGAAGGUAAGGGUACAGCCUCUUCUUACUACGACAAUCUUCGUUCUGAAAUGUAUCAUAGCAAGGACAGAGAUGGUGCAUCUUCAUUGAAAAAAGGCUGCGCAAAGAACAAUGAGUGUUGUUUGGAAAGAAAUGAAACAUUUGUAAGGAAACAAAAAGCUAAAAGUGGAAGAGGAAAUUGUUCAUAUCUUUCGGGUGAAAGCCACCUUCUCUGCCGCGACUGCAAGAUAUACUCUGAUAAAAUACCUCAAGAAUUGAACAGUGCUAUGAAAGAGGUGACCUGGAGAGAUGAUCACGGAAGAAGCGUGUGUUUGUCUCCACCGAGCGGAUCUCAACACAUCAGGCGAGAUUAUCCUGCAGAUUCUGCUCACGAAGUUUCACGAAGUCGUAAGUUUUCCAAAGACAGUGGCAGCAGAGUGGACGCAGUUGCAAGUGGACGAUCAGACAACGGAUUUCCAGUCAGCAUGAGCAGUCGAGGUAGACCAGCGUUUAAAACAAGGGAUGAUCUCGAUGGAUCCUUGACAGAUGAGGACUACUACAGCAGCAAGAGCUGCUACUCAUCCUACAGAACGUCUUCUACCUCGCCCUAUCAAAGAGACAAAUCAAAACGCGUUGACAAAGUAGGUUUUCAAAGAUCAUACACUUCGUUGCUGCAACCGACUGGAAGAGAAGACCAAAGCGCUAAGUAUAUCCCAAAAUCCUACACCUUGAGAAAACAAUGUGACCUCUCAGAAGAGAAGUGUGCGCAGUCAAGGUCCGCUAGGCAUUCGUUAAGCCGCGCUAGUUGCGCCUCGGAUAUCGAUAUGUACAGCACUUCCAGUUAUUCAGACAAUCAGCGACCUCUGUCACCAAAGUGUUGCUCUGUCCAUCGAACGGCCAGCAACAGCCCUGAUUCAUAUUAUGAGUGUCAAUCAAGACGUUUGAAUGACUCAUGUCAAAGUGAGCCACACUCAUGUAAUUACAGGCACCAUGACAUCUGUCGGAAACGAUUGCGUGGAGAAACAGCCUUUGAAGUCUACGCAGCAAAGAAGAAAGACAAAGAUAAAGGAAAGAGCUCCGACGCCAAGAGAAAAGGCCACAGUGACGAGGCCAAAUCCUCCACUAAAGAAAAGAAAGACAGGGGCAAAAAAGGAAAAGAUAAAGACCUGGAACCUGCGAGUGACCCUGUACGUAGGCCAGUAUCUGAAAUCUCACUCGAACGUCCCGUCUCGAAACAUAAUGAGGUCAAGGUUGGCAAAGAAAAAGAUAAAGGCGAAUCCCUGGGUAGGAAAAGCAGUAAAAGUGAAAUGGACAUGAAAGGGGAGGAGGAUACAACGAAAAUCGGUAAAUCAUUUUCUACCAGUUUUGCGCCCAACACAGAAUCACCACCUUUGUCAAAGUCGGAAAAAAAGAACAGCAAAAACCAUGACGUUUCCCCUCCAUCAAAGCUGUACGAUGAGAAGCAGUACGAUGAGAAGCUGUACGAUGAAAAGCUGUACGGUGAUUACCCGAAACCUCCUUCUGAGAAAUAUCCUCCGUCGAAAUACAUCCGGUGUCCCCCCACCACGUCCACGAUGAGAAGUAACUUCGGUAGUCCACUGGCUUAUGAUUCAGUACCCUCCAAGUACUCGAAAUACUCUACACCUGCUACGUUCCAAAAGAGCGACGGCUGCCCCCCGAUCACCUACUCAAGGCCACAGUGUUCAUCACCAAUCGCCAGAAAGGUACCGGAAGUGCAGGUCUCCCCGACUGCAGUGAAACAACCUUCCAAUAAUAAUUCCUUCUACCAGUCGGAUAAAUUUCCUAAAGGUACUGUAGUCUAUCAGAACGCUCUUCGCUACGCAUGCUUCAAUGGCAUCAGAGUUUGCGUGGGUGUACGGGUACUUCUGGACGCCUCAUGCAGGAUUGGCUACCUUCAACUUAUAACGCCACUAAAUGAGAUUUUACUGACACACUAUAUCAGUUCUAUGAAUUAUAUAAACGCCUCAUCGGCAGCAGGUGUUGCCUGGAGUGGAUUAGCCUAUAAGCCACCGACAAGGAAUGAAAGCCAGAGCAGUAAGUCCAGCAAGAAAGGAAAACCCGGAGAUCAGUCCGAGGACUGCCCGGAAGGAAAUGUUUCAAAGGUGGACGUGGUACAAAUCGUCUUCUGCGAUCCUUACCAAGCACACAGGUUUCGCAUUGUUGUAGAGACGUUGCAGUGCGCCUUCACUGAGAAUGAGUGCAUCCUGGUCACGUGUCAUAAGCAUGGCUGCCCUCCAGGCCCGCCGAUGGUUCCUACCGCUCUCGUCGACCCUUGCAGUACCAACGUGUACAGCCAGCCUUGUGUUUCUCCCGGGUUUAUUCCAAUGUCUGCAGCAGGCUUCGUACCCUGUCCGUCCAAGAGCUGCGAUGGCGCCCCCACUGUGACCAGCAUGAGCUCGCCCUGCCCUGUUUCAUGGGGCAAUAGCCAGUUUGAGCCCAACUCCCCUCAAGGAAUGAUGGGAGCGAGCAACGGUGGUGAGAACCAGCGGAACUUAGGCCCGGAGGACAUCUACGAUCCGUAUUCAUACGAACAUUGCAUGGAGAAGGUUCUUUUCUGCUCAGUGGCUUGCUUGGUGAAGCUGGCUAAGGAUCAGACCUGGAUAGAGAUGCAGCAAGGCACAGUCACUAUCAAACAGUGCGCCAAUGGAAUGGGCUUUACUCUGACAUUUGAGGGCGCUGCAAAGUGCGGAGCGGUUAGCCACUACAUUCGCCGAGACACCGUGUUUGAAAGGGCGCCACGCACUCAGCACGGUUUCAUCUACAACACGAUCUUCUGUGGAGACAAGGGUUCCUUUGUUGAAGAAUAUCUGAUCUCUUUUCAAUCCAAGAAUCAAGCUGAAUGUUUCAAGCUUGUCGUGGACCGUUGCCACAAACUUUUGAUGAUGACAGCUAGUAGACAAUCAGAGCAAAGCUGUCCCUGUAACGGCGCCCUUUCAAUGUUUCGGCCACAGUGCGGGAACAAUAACUGCUUUAGGGGUAGCGAUAGUCGAACCUCUUGCGUGGACUCACACAUGUCCCCAAUGAAGGCUCAGAGACAACUUCGGGAUUACGACAUCAGCGACAACACCAAUUCCAACAGCAACAACUGCUACAUGUACCGAGACGACGACUUGCACUUGGGAACGAGUACGUUGGAAAGAACGAGAACUCUUGGUAGUUUGAAUAAAAUGAUUUCUGUUCACAUUCGGACCAGCAAACGAAAAAUUUCAAACUUUUGGAAAGUGCAUCGAUUGAAAGAGAUGAAAUUAUGUGGCUCGCAACUUUCACAAUUAUGUUGUGGUGUGCAACCUCUACAAUCAUGUCAUGUGCAAUCUGUACAAUCAUGUGAUAUGUCACCUCUACAAUCAUGUAGUGUACGACCUCUUCAGUUACGUGGUGUACAAUCUCUACAAUCAUGUGGUGUGCUACCUAUGAAGCUACAUGAUGUACAGCCUAAACACGCUUUAAUAGUUUACCAAAUAAAAAAUAGCAAGUCCGCCAACAAUGAAGUUCAAUUAUUGUACUACCUGUCCCAAGUAUGCAGCCAAGUCUACUCUGUACGUCUAGUACUCUGUACAUCUAACUACCGCCAGAAAAGAAAUGUUGAUAGAAUAAAGCCCUCGAGGUAUAUCUUGCUUUAUGUGUAGUAUCAGGUGCUGACCUUGUCAGAUAGUAAUAAAUCAUAGAAGGAAAGAUAUCAGUAGAAAGCGCUGUGUCUACAGACAGUGGAAGAGAUUCUAGCAAGUCAAUAGCAAAACAAGAGACAAGUGAUCCGAAAAGUUUGAAAACAUUUUUAGAAAUCUUUUCCUAUCAAUUGAUAACAAAAUAUUUUCUGUUGGUUAGAAAUAAAAAUAAAAAAAAAAACGUAUACAAAUUUAAAAAAAAAAUGUUCUGUCUCCAGCUAGUUCCAGCUCCAGACUUGUGACCUUUCACAAGCCAAAAGUUGAAGGUAGAUGUGAACGCUAAUGGCAAGGUGAACACGCAAAUUAUCCGGUUUCGUUGCUACUUCAUUGAGACGCAUUUAUUUUAUAAAUGACUAAAUCCUAACCCUGUCCAGAGAAUAUCUUUGCAUUUAAAUCUCCACAUUGAUGUCGAAAUGAAAGUUAACUCUGUUUUAUUUGUGAAUAGUUCUGGUGGAAAUGUUAACACAUUGCGGUCUUCAAACCAGAAUCAGCGAAGCAUUUCAUAUGAGUACUGCAACGUAACUUUCUCUCUGAAAUGUCUCAAGUAGAGCCUGGCUUGGACACAUACAAUCAGCUGCGAUGAAAUUAUGAACACUAAAUCAUAAAAUCGAAAAUUUUAUUGACACUACUGGACAGUUCAACUUAGAAAAAAACAACAAUAACUAUAUCUUGGGACUAAUUAUUAUGGCACUUUAAUGAAGUUAGUUUUGAACUUACUGGUGAGGCUAAUGAGUGUCUAGAAAAACGAACGUUUAAAUGAUGAGUUUGAGACAUAAGUUUGAACUAAUGUUGAAUACAGUACUUACAAAGGCACCACUAAAUAAAAUGCAAAUAUCAUC